AUGAAAAUGCUUUCAAAAAGUAAGCAAAAUCCCAUUCUGUCAUUUUCCCAGACAGACAGACACACACACACACAUAUACAUAUACAUAUACAGGUAGACUAGACAUGCACAGAAGGCAAAACGUCUGAGUAAGAGGCCAGCAAACAGAUAGACAGUCAGAAAAAAAAAGCCUAAAAGACUGUAAUACAAAUUACUAGAUAGGCAGACGGACAAAAUCACUUUUUAUUUACUCAUACAUUCACGGGAUGACUUGCAGGGUGCGACCUCUCAAAGGAGUUACAGUGUUUAAAAGAAACUAUGUACAAAGAGUUCCAUAAGAAGCCUCCGAUAUAUGAUCCAGAUGAAUUUGAAGCACUCUGCACUAAGGCUGGAGCCAAUACUAUAUUUAAUUCUAUUUUGUCAGCAAUGACCGAUGAGAGACAUUCAACAGAGCGAAUUGCCUUAAAUCGAAAAAGGACUGUCACAAUCCUGUACAAGCUAUGUUAUGGCCUCAGCCAAGUGUGUAACUGGCUGCAGACUGACCAUUCUAUGUAUUUGAGGCUGUCCAAUAUUAACAUGGAAGGUCUGCAGACAGAGCAAGUAAUGGGAGGAGCUUGUAGUAGGAGUAAAGUGUGCAGCCUUAUGAACACAAUGAGCCAGAAUGCAGGCAAAAAAAUUGACGACGUGGUGGCAGAAGCUAUUACAAACAAGAAGCAACUGGUAUUAAUUGUAGAUGACUACACAACCAUUCACUCAAUAAGACGACCACAAGACGAAGAACUCACUAACGCCGAUUUCUUCUGUACUAUCAUCAUCAAAGUUUUCAAAAAUGUUCCAGCCAUAACUGCCUGUCAUGUCUCAACUUAUCACAAUCCUUCUGGUCUCAAUGUUACUUCCUGUAUAAACACAGUCUCCGGGCCAUCUACUAUGUAUCAAUUAACUCUAACAUAUUCAUCCCUGAUGCCUCCUUGGAUAACUGACACCUUUUUCAAUCCCGAAUUUGAAAGACACAGGGUAACUGCUCAUGAAUACUGCCACCAUGAGUCUGUUCAGACUGUGAGACAAAUGGACAAUGUACACCUUGUUAACUUUUUCCGAUUAACACUUAAAAGCAAAAAUGACUUUGAUGCUGCAUUUGACCUUGUACUGAGUACCAAACUUUCUGAAUAUCUCAAGUUAUUUCUUAUUCCUCAACCUGGUGACUGGCCUGCUCAGUUCUACUCCAGACAAGUCAUUUACGAAACCCUUCAGAAGUUUUGCUGCCCAUCUGAUGUCUAUGGUAAUCCUCAAGUGUGCCCUGCAGAUCAUUCAUAUGCAAGAGUCUGCUCUUCUGGACCUAUACAACAACAAAUGAAGGUUAGUACAUCUGGGCAACCAGGAAUUCUUUCCAUAAUUCCGUGUACUGGACCCCUUCACAUCUCCUUAAAUGGAAGGGAAACUGUGUUUCAUGAUUAUCGGCAAUUUUUUGAGACUGUCUAUAAUAAUCUCUUUCCAAAAAGCAAAUUGGCAAAGAAUCCUAAGCCCUGGAGAAUCAGUCUGAUACUUGAAGUGGUGUACUGUGGAUGGCUUUUUAUCAGGGACAGUGUUAAGAGCAAAUUUUGUUUUUGCAAGGACUUGGAAUACAGAACUCUUGAAUUUGAUCGACAAUUAUCUACCACUUGUGCUUUCCAUUUACAGUGUUACUUACAAACUAAAUAA